CAGGUGUCGUCCAACAAGAAUGCUUCGGUCUGACUUUCGUUGAAGUUGUCAUUCUCCUGAUUGUUGUGUCCUGGCAGCUGCUGACAGAACUACCGCUACAGUCACACACACAUGUACAUCUGACUGGGGUUACUGUCGAUAUGAAGACUGUGUGGUUUGUAGGACAGUGCACUCUGACUCUCUUCCUCCUCACCACGCAUGCUGAAGCAGUGAGUGAAAAUGAAGUAACAAUGAGCCUAUACCCUAAUAAUUCAAAUGUGUAUACUGGAGGAUCAGUGACAUUUCGUUGCACGUGUACUAAAAGCACCCAAACAAUGAACUGGUAUAAGCAAGAAAACAACACUUUCAAAAAGUUUGCCGAUACAAUGCACAGUACAGAUGAAAGGUUUAAAGUAUUCUUACAUGACAACAAGACAGCAACACUACAGAUCACUAACCUUCAAAAGAAUGACAGCAAUAAAUACUACUGCGGAAUUAUUUCACUUGACUCAAACCGGAAGACUAAAGAAAGUAAUCACUUAAUACUUAAUGUAGAAGAAGAGCCUGUGACAAAUGUUACCACUACAGUUACUUCUACCGUAAAUACUCAAACAAAUGGGAAUUCAAAGUAUAUCAUAUUGGGAUCAGCUUUACCAGUUAUCAUUAUGUUCCUUAUCCUUGUCUCCAUUUUAUUGUUUGUUAUGCAAAGGAAGCAAGAAAUCACAAAGCAGCAGGAUGAUAAGAAAUGUCUGGAAAUGGAGCAUGUAGCUCCAGUGUAUGUCACCGAAUAUGGUGAGCUGGAAUUUCCAUGCCAGAAGCAGGCAGAUAAGCCAGUAGAAAUCCCACCAGCAGACAAUCUGGAUGUAGAGUACGCCACCAUCGUCUUUAUACCAGAACUGCCAAACAGCAAGGAAAUUGCCACAAGUUACCACUCCAUGCCAAAUAAAUUCUGUGGAAAUGCUUCACCUCGUUUGAAAUAGAUAAUGUACUAUCCUUUUAGUCCCCACACAUGUACUUUGUUGAACCACUUUACACAACUUUUAACAGAAAAUUUUCUGUGGAAUCGCAUUUUAAAUGUAUGGAAUGCUGCUCUGAGGACUAACGGCAAUAGCCACGAAGUGCCGAGUGAUCUCACCAAGAAGCAGUGCAUGUAAUAAGGCAUGUUAAUAAAAUGUGCACCUGAAAAUAUGAAAUGGCACACACAGUGAAGCUGACAAUGGGCCACACAGGGAGAAUUAUCAAGUCAGGACAUACUUAUCAGUGGUCAUAUGAGGAGACAUUACAUUCGCACUAUUACUGUCAUCCCGUGACUCGGCCCUGAGCACUUGUUAAUAGAGAUGUUGGCACUUGGCAGCCAGAAGAUGCUGCACAUUGUAAACAAUAACAAAGCACAGAUUUAAUUACUGCUGAGUGUACAAUUUAAAUAUGACUCAGAAGAAUCAGAACUGUUGUGCUUGAUGUGGCAUCCAUUCUUGUUCUACUGGAGAACAAAACAGCUGAGUCAAAAAA